UGUUGAAGGGUGGAAGUACAGCGCUAUGCAGCUGCAGUGUUAAACUGAAAAGAGAACGGCAAUAUGGGAGAAGUAACGACUCCAAUAAAGAGAAUUUGAAGAGGCGGAGUUUCAGAUGAACGUUACAGCUGCAUUACCAGACGUCAGAUCCGCACCUGCACUGAGGAUCCUUAAGCAUGUCCACAGAUGACAGCAUCUCUGAGGACGUGUCCAGCUCGGUCGCCCUGAGCACAGACCACCAUGUCCCCACCGACCACCACCAUCACCACCAUCACGCCAACAGGAGCAAGGGCAGCGAGGCGUCCAUCGUAUCGUCCGAGGACACGGCGUCCGGCCCGGUGGGCACGGAGGACGAGCGGCCUGUGGAGCGGGAACGGCCGGUGCAGACUCUAGAGGGCCUCCUGCAGGUGGCUGAGGAGACAAGCAGGAGCAGGGCAGCGGGGAGUCUCCCUCACAGAAUACGCGGCCUGUGUCCAGACACAGAAGAGUUGGGCUCAGACAGGCCCCUCCCCUUCAUCAACCCCAGCUCUCUGGAGACGCUCCGUGUGCUGGUGCAGGAGAUCCAGAGCAGUGGGCAGACUGAUCCCGAGGUCUGGAAGAACUGCGAGGGAAGAUGGCUGCAUCUCUUCCAGCUGGUGGAAAAGCAAUACCAGGAGCAGAUACUAGCCCAGCAGGAGCAGUACCAGUGCCAAAUACAGCUCAUCCAGGAUGAGAUUAAGGCCUUAUUGCAGCUGCAGCAGAAGCAGAGUGUGGAACAGAAGGCGGGGCAAGCAGCCGCCACUCAGCAGGGCGCCAACGCCAAACUAGGGGCCGACUCUGGGAGCCUACAGAACGGCCGAGGCUCCUCCCCCUCCGCCCCACCCCAGGCAGUCAGUGCGGGCGAGAGCUCGGAAGAGGGCGCUGUCAGCGGAUACGGGACGCUCUCCACCUGGGAGGUGGAGCUGGAGGCUGAGUCUCAUCUUCUGCCCUCCCCCUUGGCAGACUCCUGCCUAGCCAAUCAGCAGCACCAGCAGAGACCCGCCUCCACUCCUAUUGGACCCACCCACCAGCACGUGCCCUGCAGGCAAGCGCUGACCUCAUGGGCGCAGCGGCAUCAGCGCAGCCAGAAGAGGGGAGGUCGCAGGUCACGGCAUUCCCCUCCACCGGCUCAGGAGAAGAGCGAGGCCGGAGCUAUGGGCAGGACGCCACCAGCUGACCACCAGGAACAGCCUGGCUGCCCAGCAGACUCCUCCAGUCCCAGCUCCCUAAAGAGGAGUGACAGCCUCGUGUCGGAAGCCUCAGGUCUGACCUACUGGCGGCUGGACGAAUCGGAGCUCUACCGCCCCCUACCUGACAGCUUCUGCAGCACGUCCCCCCUCCCUUUACAGGGCAUGACCACAGGACCUGACAGGAGUCCUAAUGCAACCCUAUGGCCAGAUCAAUGCCAGACCCCGCCACCAGAGCGCACCCUGUCUGUUUCCCUGAAGAAGAUCUACCAGACCAGGAAGAGCGGAGAGUUCAAGUGCCGAGACUGGGACCCAUUGGCCGGUCCCAGCUCUACACCACCACAGGUGUUGACCCUUGACUCUGUGGUUGGCCUGAAGCAGCCCAAGGUCACACCAGAGGGCACGUCGGAACGCACGUCCGGCUUAGCGUCGCCGUCCUCCCUGAGCAGCCCGCACGGGCCCUGGCACCUCCACCCAGACCCCGACCCUGCCCACCAAGACGCUGCCAGCCAGGGUGCGGAGGAGGAGGGCGGUGCCUGCAGCGAGGACGAGGGCAGACACACCUCCAGCACCACGCCCACCUCCACGCUGCACACUCAGAAGUCUGCCUUGAGACUCUGCUCCGCCCCCAGGACCAGUCCUGCCCUCAGCUGUGCCACCAAGCUGGAGAGGACCGCUUCUCUGGAGGACCCCGUCACACUCUCGCUAAUGAGGCAGAACCUGCGGGAGAAGCAUGCGAGACACGUGGCAGACCUGCGGGCAUACUACGAGUCAGAGAUCGCCUCUCUGAAAGAGAAGCUGGACCUGACCCACCUGCCACGGGACAUGGAGAAGAGCAACCAGAUCCUUCAGGGAAGGUGUAAUCACUUGGAUCGAGCACUGAGUGAGGCGAGCCGCCGUAUCAGGGAGCUGGAGGAGCAGAAUCAGCAGCUGGAGAAACAACUGAGAGAGUGGCCCGAGCGCUACGAGGUGGCGAGCAGUGCCGUGAAGGCUGUUCAGCAGCGACUGGAGGAGAGUCACCGCUCCAACCGGGAGAAGGACGCGCUGGUCACCAAGCUCAGGACCCGCCUCAGGCAGCUAGAGGCGACCGCGCAGAAUGCCUGCAAGGAGCUGGAAGGCGAAGAGGCCCACAGGAAGCAGGAGCACAAAAUGCUGCUGGAUCUUCUGACUGAGUAUGAAUCCCUCAGAAAAGAGCAUGAUGGUGCCAAGGACAAAUUAUUUUCAACCGAGAACAAGCUGUUUGAAGCCACUGAGCAGAUUUCUGAGCUCAAAAGGGUGAUUUCUAAGCUGGAGUCGCAGGUGAAGCAGCUGGAGCAUGAGAGCCAAGCGAAGCUCCGCAUGGCCUCCCACGCUCACACCCAGUCCACAGGAUUGUUCCAUCACCCUGACCUGCUGAUGUCGCCGAGCAGAAGGUACCAUGAGGUGGACGGGGGAAUGAGGAAAUCCCCAGUUCUACAAGCUGACCAGGCGUCCAGCCAAGCCCCAGACAAAACUGGAGUCUCAGACAAAAGGCGUGUGUCUCUGCCCGUGUGGGAGCUCCAGCACGACUCGGCCUCCCAGACGCACACCACAGGGAGGAGGGACGCGGCACUGACCCCCGUCAUGAGGGCUCUGAUCGAGCUGGAGGGGACCAAAGCCACGGAGGGUAAAGCGCUGUCCAAGACCAACCGUGGCUCUACCAGUACGAUGCACGCUCAGAUUCACCCAGGGUCAGGGAGGAGCAGGCCAACAGUAGGCUUCGUGGACAGCAACCUAUGCCAGUCCGUGCAUACAAGGGGAGGAGCUUCAGCAAAGCCCGAGGCCGAGCCAAUGGGAGUAGCCGAUGUAGCAGCCGCAGCUGAACAAAGAGGCGGGUCUGCACACAGAGGAGGAGGAGCUUUUUUAAGGGCCCAAAGAAGCCUGUCACCUGAGGGUCAUCGCUCCUCCUCUCUCCCUCCCAGAACCCAGAGACCUCUACCUGUCGCCACUCCCUCAAGGAACACGUUGAUUACGCCACUCUCUGCAAAGUCCAGUCCUAAACGCAGCCCAACGGAAAACAUUUCCACAGCGUUCAGCAACCCUGCUUCCAGGUUUAAAUCGGAUCAAAGGGGGCUUGGUUCAUCUCCACUCAAAGGCAGCCCACGAAAAAGACUACAUUAUUCAGCACCUGAAAGAACAGAAGAUGACCAGCAGGCCGGGCCUGGUUCGGGCGACUCAGCGGGCUCUGAGGGGUGCGAGGACCAGGAGGCGGAAGGAAGUGAGGUGGCGGACACGGAGAGCUGUGUGCUGGAGCUUCCAGACGAGGUGCCGCUGUCCUACCAGUCACGGCUGCAGUCCCUGGCGGACGCCGAGCGACUGCUGGACGAUCUGACACAGGAGAAGCAACAGAUUGAGGCAGCCCUAAGCAGGAUGCCAGGGGCUGGAGGCAGGGUCACCUUGCAGACCAGGUUAGAUGAGGUUACAUUAGAAAACCGCCUGGAGCAAGUCAACCGUGACUUGGGAUCGUUACGCAUGACUCUUAAGAGAUAUAACGUACUGCGGUCCUCCACUCAUACGUAGUACUCUCUCUGGUCUCAAGUCUCUCACAGCCGCAGGAAGCAGGUUCAUUUUUAGUCUCACUCCCUGUCCCCUCUACGAAAUGCAAUGUGUAUAUGUGAAGUACAUAUUUUCUACUUUUAUUACGGUAGAUUUCAAGAAUAUAUUUUGGAUCUUUUAUGAUACAGAAAAAAAAGAUGGAGAAUUUUAAAAAUAUAUUUUAGUAAACUUCAGAUUUAUAAACCGUUUACUUUUUUAUGUCGGUGAGAUAUGAACUUUUAUGCUUUACUCCUCUUUCAGGUCAUUUAGAUAUAGCUUUUGUAUCUUGUGAUCCAUUUGAAUGACAAAAAAGUAAAGAAUGAAAAUCCAAUCCAAGAUCCCCACUCACAUGAGCCUGGGAGUUCAGAGAGUCGCUCCUAAAUGGCAUUAUUUACUACUAGAGGUCCAGCAAAGAGAAGCUUUGGUACUGUUUGGUCUUUUAAACAAAUCAAGAAUGGGCGGACAGUGUACAGUUGCCUUUAAACUAGCGAGGCAUGGAAUUUACAGUAAAUCUUCAAGAACAGGACUGUAUGAACAUUCAACUUUCAUGGAUAUAGUGUAUAAAAUUAUAACAAAGCAGUCUGUAGCUGGGUAUCGGGUCCAGUGAUUUUAACCAUCAAAGCACAAAAACGAGGAAUGGGUCUUGUAUUAUUGUACACUAACUAGACCACCUUAGACUAGAAGAACUUACUGCUUAUUUGGAUUAUGCUCACCAGAUUGGCAUAAAAUAAACCGGCCAGUCUUCCAGCUGUAGGACUACUCUUCUGAAAGUUCUGAGGUGUCAUCUGAAUGGGGAUACAUAGCUGUAACCAUUCCAUGUAAAAAAAUGUGAAGUUUCCCUGCUGUUUUUUAUGUUUACAUACAAUGCAUUGUUUAAUUUAUUGAAGUUUAAAACAUUGACAUCUUUUCCUCAAUUGUUUUGUAAAGAAUGCUUUUUAAUGGAGUUUUAUCCUCAUUUUGAUGUCACUGACUUGAAUGAAUGUCUCACAAUGGCAAUGUAAUAGAUAAAUAAUGUAUGUGAAAUCACCACUUCUGUAGAGGCCUUUUUUUAUGUUAUACUCACAAUCAUUCCAAAUUUCACUCUCACCCCAUUCCAGGGAGUUGCUCUGAGCCUCCGUCCCAUCUAUUUCUCCUGACCUCUUGCAAACACCAAAACCAGCAAAGACUUGGUGCAUUUUGUUUUGCACAGUUUUCAUUUUAUCACGCGCACACACACACACACACACACACACAUAGACAUGCAGACGUGUUGUAUGUAACUCCACUCAUGCUGGGCAUGCCAAAAGAAAUGAGCCCACUGUUUACACAGACACCAUACAACCCCUGCCACGAAUGGUCAAGCAUGAAAAGAUGAUUGUGCAGUCUUACUGUUUUUUCCCUCCACUGUUAGCCUUUCCUAAAAUAAAUAAAUAGCAUACAGUAAAAAAUACUGUGUUUAAAAAAACAAUACUCUGUAACCCAGUUGGAAAUAUCUACUCCUACAUCAAAAUUGUAUCUCAAAUAAACAUAAAAAUUGAUCAUA